CGUAAUAUAAGAUAUGAUUUAGAGACAAUGAGAAGUAAUUUUCAUAAGGAAAUUCAUGAUAUAAAAAAUGAAUUAGUGGUUGCAAGGAACGGUUUGCAUGAGGAAGUACAUGAUGUAAAGAAUGAAUUGGAAGCAACAGGAAACAGUUUUCGUGAAGAAAUACGUGAUAUUACAAAUGAUUUAGAGGGAACAAAAAACAAAGUUCUUGUGGAAAUACGUGAAAUAAAGAAUGAAUUAAAGACAGUAAGUAGUCGUUUUCAUGAAGAAAUACGUGGUAUAAGAAACGAUUCAGAAAUAACAAGAGGUAAUUUCCUUGAAGAAAUACAUGAUAUAAAAAAUGAAUUACGGGAAGUAAAAGAUACUUUUCCUGAAGAGAUACAUGCAAUAGAAAAUGGAUUGGAGGCAACAAGACGAAAUUUUCAUUCUAUUCAUGAAACCAGUGCAUAUUUUGGAUCCUUACUCUCGGUUCAGACAACAAAAGGCCUUUUUAUUCAUGACUUAAUGAAACCAGGACUCGAUAAAGAUUCUGUAGAGUUUAAUUCAUCAUCACUGCACAGAACCGUCUACUUGUCAAAGAGUAAGAAAAUUCUCAGCAAUACCAUGUUUCCGUUAGCUGUAGCAGGACCUGGAGAAGAAUCCCUACAGCGAUAUGAGGGAGCCAAAGCUGUCAAUAAAGUUACACAGGGGGAAGACUUAAGACUGAAGUUUAUCGUGCGUUACGAAAUCAAGAAGACAUGCAGAGGGUCGGCUUUUAUUUUUGACGUAACUUUUUGUGAUGACAAAUUUGAUAUGUUUUUUUUACGGAGGUUAUUUAUCGCAUUGUUUGAGUAUGUAUGCCACAUGUGAUACAAAAUUUGUUAACUUGAAGUUUGAAAAUCAACGACUGUUAAAACACACUGAUUUGUCUCCCUCUACGGAAGGAACAACAUUAACUUUUGGAUUCGAUGUAGUUGUUAGUGGAGUAUACGGUUAUAUAACCUUUAGAGAUCUACUAAGUGAGAGAGAAUUGUUCAUAUUUAAUUCUGUAAACUUUUCAGAACAAUUGGUUCCGAUGUUUGGCGUUUUCAAUCCUGAGAUUGUUGAAUGUAUGAUCAUAUUUAUCUAGUUUUCAGUUCAAAUAUUUGGUAUUAAGGAUGAGCAAUGUAUGACUGUAUAAAUAUUUACGAUUUCUUUUGUUUUCUUAUACAUGAUUAUUUUAUUAAUGCUGUUGACGAAACACUCAAUUCAUCCGAUGUUUGAACAAGGCAAUGUUAGUGUAACUUAGAUGUAAUACUGAAAUAUAAUUCCUUUUA